CACAGUUGUGGUAUGACAGCACUGUCGCGCGAAUUAAUUUUCAUUCCUUGUCGCUUGUUACGUUCGUGUUGUUGCUAUAGUGCGGAUCCUCAAAAUUUUAAAGUAAAAUUGGGAUAUCUUUACAUAAAAAAUAUUCAAAUUAAAAAUAAGUAGUGUUACUUAAAUUGAAGGAACCAUAAAAAGUGCAAUAAGAACUUGUUUUAAUAACUUUUAUAACAUAAACAAGUGUAUCCAAAUAUAAAAAAGGUUAGGUGACGAGAAAAGUGUGGAAGGGAUAACGUAUAAAAAUCACGUACCAGCAAAUGCAAAGAACCUUGAUGUUAAAAGAAGGGAAUACGCAAAAGUAGGAGAGAAUUUAGCGUAUCCAAAGGACUGAAAACCAGGAAAAAUACUUGCCUCAAACGAACGCACAGUUAAAAAUCACCUAAAACAAAAAUUUAUAUUGAGGAAUCACAAACUUGUGUAAAUUUGUGACUAUAAUAAUUAACUGAACAUUAAGUUUCAAAUAUAUAAUUUUAAGUACAUAUAAUCAAGAGUGUAUCUACAAUAAGCUGUUUGCCAUACCAAUAACAACAAGUACCCUAUCUUUCGUUGAGCGAAAAAUUCCAAACUUCCUGCAUAAAGGAAGAGAUUUAUCACUGCCGUGAAAAUGCAGAUCUCGUGCAAAUGUUUGAAUUUCAUAGCCACCACCAAUAGUCAGGCGGCUAACAACAAUGUUGGUAUCAUUAGUGUUAAUAGCAACAAUGGAACAGCAACAGCUGAUGCACACGCAAAUCGAAACCCAUCGGCUGGUAAUAAUGCGACAACAGCCCAUCCAGAUGAGGAUAGUAGCAUGCCACUAGCGCAACAAUCUAUCGCCGGCAGUAAUAAUGCCGGUAAUGGCAACAACAAUGCAAACAAUUUGUGCACUACAUUAAUGGAAGCAUUUCUGCAGCGUUUUCCACGAACAUUCAUCUUUUAUUCACAGUGCAUGGAGUUCUUUAAGCAGGCUAUUGGUCCCAUUACGGAUCUCAACAUCCAUACGCUGAGUCAGCGCGAUCUAGUUUAUAGUAUAACCUUGGAAGUGCCAACCGGGCAAGAGCACCCGCUAACCCAUUCAUGGCAGCUUAGCAUCUGCAUUAAUUGCAAUGCUGCACUUUGUGCCAAGCGUCUUCCCACGCCGAUACUAAGCUCGACAGCAAGCGGUACACCUGCACCACUUACAAUUAACCCACCGCAAUUCCUUAUUAAUUGUUCGCUUCUGAUGAACAAUGACGAGUUGGCACUUAGGCGUGCUAGCAAAUCAUUUUCGGACACAUUUGGCCUGCUCAUAAUGGAUCAUCCGCAAUUGCAGCUGGAUCAGGCGAAUACGGGUCCGUCGUCGAAUUUCUCGAUCGGUUCGUUAUCGACAACAACGCCGUCGUUUCAGUUAGACAUAAAACAGCAACGAUUACGUCAACUGCAACAAAACUUGCAGCAGCGACUCAAGCGCGAAAUAGCCGAAACGGAUGAGCGUAUACAACGUUAUACAGAACAACAGUUUGCUUUGUUAAAGAGCUUCCGAGAUAAAUCCGAGCAGGAGUAUGUCUUACUUGGGCGCUUAAUUCAACAUGUGCCUGAGCAACAGGCUAUCGAGUUUUUAGAUCGUUUGCCGCCAUCAUUGGAGGUAAUUGGUGGUGGUAGUUAUGUGACGCGUCGUCGUAAUACGAUUAGCAGUCGUCUCGACAUGACGUCCAUUACGACGCCCUCAACGCCAAGUACACCAAACCCCGUGAUGAGUGGCUUGCAUAUGCUUUCACUGCCGUUGGCCACAACGGCAUCUACAACAGCCAGUGCCAUGGAUACAACAAAUACUCAGGGAACCGCUGCUUCAACAGCAGUCACACCAACAACAACGACAUCAGUGUUGGCCACGACAAUUGUCGGCAGCAAUAGUGUCAAUCGUCGAGUGUCUAACUUUGAUACACCACCGGCGACACCCGAAGCCACACCGAUGAGUGUAGGGAAUAGUCCCACCUUUCGACCGCAGCAACAACAACAACAACAACAACCGUUGUCGUUGUCACAACAACAAUUUGUACGCAUUGCGGCCAAUUCCUUCCAGCAACAGUUCCCUACGCCAACAGUCGAGGUGGCAGAUGAUUGUCUUUUCGAAUUGGAAGGCAUAGAUAGUGGUGGCUCUACAAAUGUACCCGUCAGCACGCCAUAUGGGGCACUGGUGUCAAACUUGUCACAAAAACUGCCAUAUCAACAGCAGCAACGACCCUUAAAUAAUCACUCACACCCGCACUAUCAUCAGCAUCACCAUUCGCACGGUAGAGACAUGAGCGACGUGGACGAAAGUGAAGAUGACGCCGGCGAGGCGGAAGUUGCUCUUGAUUUGGACAACAUAGUGCCCAUACCGAUGGGUACACGCCCAGUCAUCGGCGGGCAACAGCGACCAAGUGCAGCUACUGCAGCCGAUGUUAUGAACUUUGCCAAGAGUCUGCCAAUUGAGAUAGCAAAUUCGCCAAUGACUGCUGGACGCUCGUAUGUGAAUGUGCUCGAAGAAGAUGAAUUGGACAAUACAGUCGAUAUUGCUGCGAGCAUCAAAGCGCUGGCCAAAAGCGUGCAUGGCGAAGCCGUGUUUGGCGAUUUGCCACGCCCACGUUUGCGUUCGCAAAUUUAAGGCACACAAGUACACAAUAAACUUACACAUGCAUAUGUAUUUCCUUGAACUAUACUAGUUUGCUCAAAGAAGAGAAGAAAUUACGUUAAAGUGCUUGAAUUAUAAACUUACACAUACAUACAUGCAUACAGACAUAUUACUUAUAUUAUUAUGUAUGUAUAAAUAACCACAACGCAUAUUUACAUAGCCACGUACAUACAUGCAUACGAUAGAAUAUUAGAUAUGCAUACAUAUGUACGACUACGACUACAUACAUAUAAGUAACUUACUCCUAUUCUAGCAGCGUAAUAACUAUUUGUCAUCAUUCGAUGUAACUGAUUAUUUUAAGAAAAGAAAAUAUAAUACUAAAAAGAAAUUAAAGUUUGACAACAGUUUCGCCGGUGUGUAAUGUGCGAUGUGCAGGAAACCCAGUUAAGUUGAACCUCCGCUUAACUAACCAUUCUAUUUCAAAUUGUUAAGAAGGAAAGCGGAUAAUAUUCGAGAAAGCUAUUUGCAUAUUAUGUUCGUUUCAAACUAAUUAAAUAGCUUUAGUGUGUGCAGAUUAAUUUUUAUUUUUCAUAUAGGGGUUUCACUAAUAAACAAACAUUUACAAUGUUCUUAUAAACUUAAGCCUAUUUUCAUAAAUUAUUAUGUGGCAAAUCAUUAUAAUGAAUUCGAGUUUAAUUUGACUUUUAAUUUGUAAUAGCUUUAAGUUUAUGUUUUUAUAUACUUUCUCAUAAAAUUAAUGUGGAUCAUGAACCACUCAAAACGAAAGAAAAUUCUGAAUAUGCAUAUAUCAAGUUCAUACACAUUUUCGUAAAGGCACCUUAAGCCAUUUGACCGAAACGUGCAUGAAAACGUGCUCUUUUCCAGACAAACAUUUUUCAAAUUUAAGAACAAUUUUCAUGUUGCAACAAUGCUUAUUUCAAUUCUUAAUCGACGCUUAACUUGCAUAAAAAUGAAUGUGAGCAAAAUUUCAAUAAGGCCUUUGUUAAAACAAAAAUUAUAUUGUGUUAGUUAUAUUCCCAUAUACAUAUACAAAUAUAUGAAACAUAUGUAUACAAUGCAUGUAUACACAUGUAUAAUAAUAAUUCAAUAAUUCAUAUAAUAAAAAAUGGUCUUUUCUAUGCUUGUUUACAUAUACAUAUGCCUUAAAAAUGUCUGUGCAAAUAAUGCACAAAUUGGACAAGGAUGUUGUUCACUACAUAUUUGCGCUACUAUGAUCACCUUUACACAUUUACAUACCUAUGCUGCAUGCUGAGAAAAAUAAUGUACCGUUAAUGUGCUCGCUUACACUCUUUGUAAUAAUAUACAUAUUUUCAUACGAACAUGUUUUGUUUUGAUAACAUCCAAUUGUUGUUUCAUCUAAAAUACGUCGCGCUUAUGAAUGCAUUGUAUUCGCAUGGAUUCGAUAAACCGUCUAUUCAUACUUAUUUACUGUAAAAUCGAUUGUACCAUAGUACGAGAUUUACUGUUAAAAAUAAAACAUUUUUAUAUGCAU